UUACAAGAGCGCUGUCUACUCUUGUUGCUUUACAAAUAUCAUUCUCUAGUGUAGACAUCCACAAAGUUAAUUCAACAAAAACUUUAUAAGAAAUAAGUUAAUAUAAAAUAAAACAUCGUUCUUUGCGUACAAUGCUAAAAUAUUGUGGAAUUUAUUGUGUAAUUAUUUUUUACAAGUACUGUCAUGGCGAAGUUUUAAAUUUAGAAAAUAAUUUCCCAUGCAAAAAUAGUCUGGAAACAUGUUUAGGACAUGUUUCUUAUAUAGUCGACAACUCAGGACUGAAUGGUAUACCUAAAUCAAAGAGUGAUAUUGACGUAGUUUGCAAAGGUUUCAAAAUUGGAAUGAAGUGUCUUGAUGAUUAUUCAAGACAGUGUUUAACAGAAGAACAGAAAAACCUUAUUAAUGAUCAUAUUAUGGGUGCCAAAUACACUUUCAAAUUUUUAUGCGAUGAUAUCAAAUUUCAAAAUGAUUAUUUAAAAUACACCGACUGUUACCGAGUAAUAAAUUCUGAUUGGGAUGAAUGUACAACCAAAUUCACGUCUCUUAUCAGAGAAACAAUGUAUAGCAACUAUUCUGAAGAAAUCAAAGUGAUUGAUCUAUGUUGUGCAAAGCAUGGAUUUUUGAGCUGUGUAUACACUUCUAGUAAGAUAAAGUGCGGAUUAAAAGAAGCAGUUUUUAUACAAAAAAUUGCUGAUACUUUAUCUGAUAAUAAAUUAGUAUCACCUGUAUGCCGUCACAUUAGGUUAGGCCAUUGCAGUAGUUCUUCUCAUAUACAAUAUACAAUUUUAAUUAUAACAUUUAGCUUAUUAAUAAUUAUUUUAAAUAAUAAAACAUGAAAAAUUUAUAUAAAAAUAAUACAGCAUAAUUUAUUCUUAAAUUAUUUUACAAAUGGGUAUAAUUGUAAGUUUCUUUUUAAAAAAUAUACAUUUUACAUAUUACACAAUACAAUAGAUGUUUAAGAAAUAAUUUUUUAUUUAUGCAUUAUGAUUUUUACCAACUGGUAAUAAUUGAAAUUCAUCUUGACCUUUAUAAUUUUUAUUUACUCCUAUCAAUAAUGCUGCAAGCCCAUACAACAGCGACAAGAAUAUAGCUAAUGAUUGAACAAUUACGUAGUGUGAUAUUGACAUUCCAAUAUCCAGCCAACUACCAGUAUUUUUAAUGAAAAAUAAAAAGUGAAGACCCAUAACAUUUGACAAAGCCAACAUCAAAGAAAAUACGUUUGAAGGUGGUAUCUAAAUUGAAACAAAUUAAACUUUUUAAAUUAUUCAUAUCAAAAUUUAAAUUUUUAAUGAAAAAAUUUUUAUUUUUCUUACAAACCUUUAAUUUGACACAAGUUAUGUAAAAUGUACAACAAGUCAACAUAAUUGGUACUAUAAUUUUAAACAGAACUAACCCAAAUAUAGUAAAUGGUGAAAAUACUGAAACAAAACACUGUCCAAUUGAUGGAUCAAAUGAAUUAAUGGAUGCUAUAUUACCAGUACCAAAAAAAGAUCCAAAACUAAACAACAG